AUGGCUUCAGAGAAUUUAAUUCCCAAGAACGACGAGGAAAAGUUGCCCAAGUUGCCGAUUAAGAAAGUGAGUUAAAGUUGAGCUGCUAAACUAUUAAGUUGUUCAAAUAAUUCUAUGCCCCUUAACCUCAAAAAUUUAUUUUGAUAGAAAGCACAGAAUUAUGUGAGCAACCAAGACGUAUUUUACCUUAUUAUAAAGCUGUAAAACGACGAAAAUUUUCAAACAUAUAAGUUUAGAUCGACCCUAGUGGCUUUCUCCUGAACACUGCUCUAAAUGGAAUAGCCAAAUAUGCUUCUUCAAGAGCAAAACGUACAGUUGUUACGCCAAGUGAAGAACCAUUGUUAAACAUCAGUGCCACUAAGGCUGCUGAACAAAUUAGGAGUGGCACUGUAAGUAAUUUUGUCUUGAGAAAGUUUAAAGUAUUGUACAGUAAUAUUGCUACCCAAACAGAAAAAUUAUGAUCAAUAGUUCAGCCUUAACAAUUCAUUGUUACAAGAUACCUAUUCUAUCCUACCUCACCUCCCCCUACCUUGCCCUAACGUACCUUGUCCUGCCCUACCUUGCCCUAAGCUAGUUUACUCUACCUUACCCCGCCUUAAUUUACCUUACUCUAUCCUACUUUGCCCUAUGCUUCAUUAUGCUGACCUACCCCUCCUAUCUACCUCUAUCCACCUCUACCUUUUUUAAUCAAAAUUGUCUUCAGCUAAAAAGCGUAGACCUAAUACAAGCCUACUACAAGCGCAUCAGAGAUGUAAACCCGUUUAUCAAUGCAGCGACAGAGCUAUUUGAAGCUGAAGCCAUUGAUAAAGCUAGAGAAGUAGAUGAGUUGAUUGAAAAGAAAAAAGGAAAGAAAGACAAAUUGGAAAAAGCAAGUUAACAAUUUGAAAAGAUUGCCCUAGGCGUUGAAGAAUCAACCUAAAAUUUUAUAUAUGUGCCGGGGGGGGGGAAGGGAUUUGACUCUGUCAAUAUCAAAAUUUUGCUCUAUUACGAAGGAAAUACUUUAAUAUACCUAAAAGAAGCAUUCUAAGCUAACUGAUGCCAAUAUAUUUCAGCUAAAAUCAGAACAACCUCUGUUAGGUGUACCAGUAUCGAUAAAACACCACUUCAAUAUUAAAGGCCAUCGCAAUAUUUGUGGUCUUACACAUUUGAGAUCAACUCCAGUCGCCAAGGCUAAUGCGGUAGCCGUAGACAAGUAAGGCCUUCAUUUACUUUACUAAAUAACAGUAUUUAUUCAUAAAAUAUUUUUACUUUGAUAUCAAAUCAUAAUUUUGUCUUUGAAUAUUCUGACCGUCUAACUUAAUAUAGGUGCUGCUAUUUUCAAAACCUUGCAUUUGAAAAUUCCAAUCAUCCAACUUAAUAUAGAUCAUGCCGCCUUAAACUCAAAUCCCAAUUUUCAGGCUAAUCGCAGCCGGAGCCAUCCCGAUCUGCUACACCAACAUUCCCCCAGGCUGUUUGUGUAUCGAAUCCGACAAUGCUGUGUUUGGCCGAACUUGUAGUCCACACGAUUCAAGAACAACUUGUGGUGGUUCAUCUGGAGGUGAAGGUGCUUUGAUUGCAGCUCAAGGAUCCCUAAUUGGUCUUGGUACUGAUCUGGGCGGCUCCAUUAGAAUACCGGCAAUGUUGAAUGGUGUAUAUGGGCUGAAGCCUGGUCCAAAGGGAUGUGAGUUUGAUGGUGUGAUAUUGGAGCUGAAAUAUCCGGAAGAAUACUGUGGAAUGGCAGUUGUUGGUCCUUUGGCUAGAUAUGCUGAAGAUCUGGCUUUGCUUAAUAAUGUAAGACUUACUGUCACAUAGAUUUCGAAUAUUUCUUCUAAAUAUUUCAAAAAGUAGAAGUUAAAAAAAAUAACGAUACCUACCUGAUAAAAAACUUCUAUCAUAACAAGAAUAUUGCAAAAUAGCACAAAAAGCUAAACAAGCUUGUUUAAACUCAAACUUCAAAAACAAUUUCAGAUCUUAUCAUCAGCCCCAAUCCUAGAAGCCUUUCCGCCCCUACAGCCAACAAAAAUAUUCAGUUGUGCACCAGAUGCACCACCUUUACUCAGACUAAACAAGGAAGUCAAACACAUCUGGGAAGAUGUGCGAAAUUACCUCUCUGGUACCUAUGGUACUCCAAACAAUGAAUUCAAAUUUGGAAAAGACCUAAUUGAAUUCCCAGAAAUAUUAACCAUAGUUGGCAUGGAAGGCUUCAAUAUCAACGACUUUUUGUCUCCUGUAAGGAACUUACUAGUUUAGAUAGUUGAAAGAUUAUUGAGGCCUGAAAUUUGUGCUUUAGUACCUAAUAUUAAGCUUUAUUACCUAAAAUAAGGUAUAAAAUAAAAAAAUAUACUUCGAAAUGGCUUUUACUUACCUAAAAUUAUAUAUGGACCGUUUAAAACACACAAAUCCCACUUUGUACUCAAAGAACGUUACCUUUCAAAACAAAAAUUCAAAUUUCAGAACGAACACAUCAGCCCUCUAAAGGAAAUCGUCAAGUUAUUGACCGGUAGCUCUCAGCUUUCUUAUGGAGCCAUUUCUGGAAUGCACGUAUUCAGUAAGAAACAUAGAGAAAGUGUAGUAAAAGAAGCCAAAAGACAAAUGCAGGUAUUGAGACAAAGAAUUUGGCAACAAUUGGAAGGUAAUUUGUCUUCAAUUUUUGAAAAUAUAUUGAGUUCGGAAAAAUUACUGUAACUCCAAAAUUUUUAAAUUUAAAAAAAAAAUGUUUCUAACGCUAGCUAAAGAAAGAAAAGCUAUAAGAUUACGGAAAAUUUCAAAGCUCUAGAUACUUUUACCAAAAAGUUACAACGAAAACAAAUUCUUGUCUCCUCACCUAAAACAAUAUAAUUCCAGACAAUGCCAUUCUCCUAUUCCCAUCCUUGCCAGAAUCCCAUUAUUUCCACGCCUCUGCUGGCCUGAAUCCUACCUGUUACACUAUUCCAUUCAACAUUCUUGGUCUUCCAACAGUCGCCGUUCCUUGUGGCCGCGAUCGGCUUGGUUAUCCUUUAGCUGUUCAAGUGGCUGGAGCUCCUGGCUCAGAGCUUUUGUUGUGUUCUGUUGCUCAAAAGAUUGAAGAAAAGUUUGGUGGAUGGGUUCAGCCUCAUGGAGUCAAGUUUGAAGAAGAAUAA